AUGGUAUACGCCUGCACCUUUAUUAGCCUCUACUACAACGUCAUCCUUGGCUACGCCCUUCUCUACUUCUUUUAUUCCCUCCGCAAGACGCUUCCCUGGACCGUCUGCGACGAGGCCUGGGCCGACGACAACUGCUACGUACAGAGGCCGGGCAUCGUCCUCUGUUCGAGCCUGCAUAAACAUACGCAAAGCCCAAUCCACGAGGGUCUGAGCAACAUUUCUGCAGCGUCUCAUCUCGGACAGGCGUCACUCGCAAAUAACUGCACAAAUGCGAGCCAAUCUUCGCCAGAACAAUUCUUUUACAAAGCGGUCCUUGGCCUUAGUGGCGGUCUACAGGAACUGGGAUCCUUCCAACCUCUCUUAGUGUGGUCCCUCAUUUUAUCUUGGUCCUGCGUUUAUAUGUGCGUCUUCAAAGGCAUCAAGACGUCCGGAAAGAUCGUCUAUGUGACGGCCCUCGGCCCCUUUCUGAUCCUGGGAAUCAUGUUUAUCCGGGGCAUCACCCUGAAGGGAGCCAGUGCUGGCCUACAUUAUUACUUCGUGCCCGAGUGGAAUAAGGUUUUGGAGAUCAAGGUCUGGAAGAGUGCUGCUGAACAAGUGUUUUACUCUCUGAGCAUCGCUGAGGGAAUGAUCAUUUGUUUCGGAGGCUUCAACGAAUUCCGGAAUGAACUUCAUAAGGACGUCGUUAUCAUCGCGUUCGCGGACUUCAUCGUUAGCAUGUUGUCCGGCGUCGUCGUCUUCUCUGUGCUGGGAAACAUGGCCCACGUGCUGGAUCUGCCCGUUGAAGGAGUCGUCCAGUCGGGAAUCGGGCUUGCGUUCAUCGCGUACCCGCAAGCGCUCAGCAUGAUUCCGUAUCCACACUUCUGGUCGGCCGCCUUUUUUGCCAUGCUCUUUUUCCUCGCCAUUGACACCGAGUUCUCGUCUGUGGAGUGCGUGGUCACACCCUUCAAGGACGAAUUCCCAAUUCUCCGAAAGCAUCCUUCCCUUGUCUAUUUUCUGGUCUGCCUUGGGAUGUGCAUCUGCGGAAUGCCGAUGGCCACCCAGGGCGGGCUCUAUAUUCUGACCUUGAUGGAUACGUUCAUUGGAGGAGAGAUGCUACCGUGGAUCGGGCUCGCAGAAAUCUUGGCGGUUGUAUUUGGUUACGGAAUAAAACGUUUCUGCGCGGAUGUGGAAUUCAUGAUGGGGGAUCCACCCCACUUCAUCACCAGAUUUUGUUGGAGAGUGACGUGUCCAGUAUGCCUUGCAUUCAUUGUUUUGGCCGCCUUCGUCUCGUACAAACCCCUGACGUUGGGCGACUACGUGUUUCCGGAGUGGGCUGAAUACCUUGGCAUCUUUUCCGCCGUCAUGGCAAUUAAGAUUAUGAUCAUCUUCGCCGUACACCACUUCUACAAGUGCGGCUUUGACUUCCGCAAGGCACUGUUACCCACGCAAAACUGGGGACCCAAGGAUCCCAAAGAGCACAAAAUGUACCUUGAAUUUCUCGAGCGUCAAGGGCUUUCUCACCUUCCGGAGCAGAUAGAGUCUCGUCAACCAACCCCGGAAAACCCUUCGCUGAGACCAUCGCCAGAAGCCAAACUUGACUGA